UAACUGUGUUGCUGCUGCUGCUGGCGUGCUACCAACUACCAUUGCCUUACAUGGUUUAGGGUUCAGAUUUUUCAUACCCCACCCACUGAUGCUCUGAAUCCUUCUUUUUUCCAUUUUGCUUAAUUGUUACUACAAUUGAUUUCUGCGGCGGGAGAGAUUAAUCGAUCAUACACGGUGAUGGGGGUGAUUGAUUUCUUCUGCAACACUUCAUCUCUUUGUGUCGACAGACCAAAACCCACUCCUAGUUUUUGUUCCUUGGAGGGGAAGCUGACGCGGGGUAGAAUUACGUCUAUGAAACCGCCGGGGUCCUCCUCCGCCGCCUGUGCUGGGGAGUCUUUUAUUCGACCCCAUCUCCGUAAAUUGUCCCCAUAUCAGCCUAUUCUACCUUUCGAGGUGUUGUCUACUCGUCUUGGUAGGAAGCCUGAGGAUAUUGUCAAAUUAGAUGCAAAUGAAAAUCCAUAUGGUCCACCUCCAGAGGUAUUUAAAGCUUUGGGUUCCAUUAGAUUCCCUUAUAUUUAUCCUGAUCCGGAAAGCCGUAGAUUGCGAGCUGCACUUGCUGAGGAUUCUGGUAUUGAAGCUGACUAUAUUCUCGCUGGCUGUGGUGCAGAUGAGCUUAUUGAUUUGAUCAUGCGAUGUGUCUUAGAACCUGGUGACAAGAUUUUGGAUUGCCCACCAACCUUUACUAUGUAUGAGUUUGAUGCAGCUGUUAAUGCUGCACUUGUUAUCAAGGUUCCUCGGAAGCCCGACUUCAGCUUGGAUGUAAAACGGAUAAUUGAAGUUGUUGAGCAGGAGAAACCAAAGUGUAUAUUUCUGACCUCACCAAAUAAUCCAGAUGGGAGCAUUAUCAAUGAUGAAACUCUUCGGGAAAUACUUAAGCUGCCAAUAUUGGUUGUUUUGGAUGAAGCAUAUAUUGAAUUCGCUGGAAUUGAGUCCAAGAUGAGAUGGGUUAAGAAGUAUGAAAAUCUUAUUGUGCUUCGGACAUUUAGCAAAAGAGCUGCUUUAGCGGGACUUCGAGUUGGAUAUGGAGCAUUUCCGUUGAGCAUUAUCCAGUACCUAUGGAGGGCUAAACAACCAUAUAAUGUGUCUGUUGCUGCUGAAAUUGCUGCUUGUGCAGCAUUAGAGAAUCCCGUCUAUCUAGAGAAUGUGAAAAUGGCUUUGGUGCAAGAACGGGAGAGGCUCUUCAAACUUUUGAAAGAAGUACCCUUUCUCAAUCCAUAUCCAAGCUACUCCAACUUCAUUCUUUGUGAGGUUACAUCUGGAAGGGAUGCUAAGAAAUUGAAGGAAGACCUUGCAAAAAUGGGCGUCAUGAUUCGUCACUACAGUAACAAAGAAUUAGCCGGUUACGUUCGUGUUUCUGUGGGCAAGCCGGAGCACACAGAUGCUCUAAUGGAGGGUCUCAAACUGCUGUAUUAAUCCUAUGUAAUCUGUCAUACAAUAGGGCUAAAAGCAUUGAACCUCUCACUCUUCGUUCCAAGAGCGAGAACUCUUAGCUUCAGUUUUUCUUUGAUUUUGUGAGUGUUGUUAAUUCUUUGGGUAAAUAAUGUUCAUACUUAUUUGGAAGAAAGAGAAUAAAGACAGUUGAGUGGAA